UCUUCUGCCUGCCUGGAGCGCCAAGACAUGAUAAUGGACCGCUCAUCCUCAUCUUCAUCUUCGUCAGCUCUGAAGAGAAGUUCAGAGGUUCGACUUUUUUGGGCAGUCUGUGCUGCUCUUCUGAUUGGUCAAAUACAGGCUGUGGUGCCCAAUGGUCACAAAGCUGACACGGGAAGGAUGUCCCCUCCUGUCCCAUCCAAGGUGAGCAGUACCAUCUCCUCUCCUGUCUACAGAGACUCGGACACAGAAAACACCACAACAGAUGUCGGCCGAGGACAGAUGCAUUCAAGUGGUUUUGGGAACAAAACCACCAUUUGUCCUGUGUACUGGUAUCACUGUAUGAUAGAAAGAAGUAACUCGACUUUAAUGGACUGUUAUGAGGAGCUCUUUAAUAUUGCGUGUUUAACUGGAUUUGAGAAGGCCUUGACCAGCAACACUGACCCAUGCUCUUGGGAGGAUGUGAAACGACCUUAUGACAUUCUGUCGGAGUGUUCCGAGGUUAUUUCCGAAUGUUUGUUAAUCCCUUGGCCUAACCCGGCUGUGGAAAGGAUGUUUGUGGAGAUCCAUUCCAGUUUUUUCGUCAACUGUCCCACUCACUCAUUAAGGGAUCCCCCUCCCAGUAUUGUUUUCGCCCUUGUCAUGACCCCAAUCUGUCUCAUCCCGGCCAUGGUGAUUCUCGUGGUUUUUAAGACCAAGAACGGAGAUGGAAGUUCUUGAUCCAGGACGGAUCCCACUGCGUCAUUCCUCCUGCACUGGACUUUCCCUUGGUUCCCUCAAUGUGCCGUACCACCGCUCCUCAACACUCUGAUCACAGCCUCUGUCCUCAACAACUGCUCCUGACUCCCGUUCCAGUGAGUCUGCCCCCC